CGGGCGUUGCCAUGGCAGCGGGCGGAAGCGGAAGGCGCGCGGGGCUGAUGGCGGCGGCGGGGGGCGCGGAGCUGUGGCGGCGGCUAUCGGCAUGGUUACCCCGGGGCCGCCUGGGCCUGGCCGCCCUCCUCGGUCGCCUCUCCGACCGCUUCUCCCGUGGUCGAGACCGACGCGCCCGGAGAUCAUCAUGGCUUCUUCUAGCCCCGUUGCUCACUCCUCCUGUUCCUGUGGUCACAGCCCCACCUUGUUCCCUUUGUCCCGAAGGAGCACACAGGUUCCAGUGGAUCAGGAAUCUAGUUCCAGAGUUUGGGAUCUCCAGCUCUCAUGUCAAGGUGCUUUCAUCCCCAACGGAAUUCUAUGAACUCUUGAAGGUGCAGAUAAAAACAGCGAAGCAGCGAGUGGUGAUGGCUUCACUGUACCUGGGGACGGGGCUCCUGGAACAGGAGCUGGUGGAUUGUUUAGAAGAAACACUGGAGAAAUCGCUGCAAGCAAAAGGAUCCUCUGACCUCAGAGUUUCCAUUCUCCUUGACUACACCAGGGGAUCUCGGGGCAGGAAGAAUUCUCGAACGAUGCUGAUUCCAUUGCUGCAGCGAUUCCCCGAGCAGGUCCGUGUGUCCCUCUUCCACACCCCAAACCUGCGUGGGCUUCUCAGGCUCCUGAUUCCUGAACGUUUUAAUGAGACCAUUGGACUGCAGCACAUCAAGGUCUAUCUCUUUGAUGAUAACGUGAUCCUGAGCGGCGCAAACCUGAGUGAUUUGUACUUCACCAAUCGUCAGGACCGCUAUGUUCUCCUGCAGGACUCUCCUGAGAUCGCAGACUUCUUCACGGAGCUGGUGGAUGCGAUCGGAGACGUGUCUCUGCAGUUACAGCAAGAUGACACGGUGGAGAUGAUGGAGGGGAUGGUGCACCCCUACCAAGGAGACAAGGUGGCUUACUGUGAGAUAGCAAACCGAAGAGUCAUGGAGGUGAUCAACUCUGCCAGGACACGACAGGAACUCCUUCACGCAAAGACUUUUCACAGCAGCCAGCAAGGCAGCGCCUUGUUACCCCAGCAGGGUGCUCAGGCAUCGGGGAGCCUGAAACCAGAACCCGACACCUGGAUCUACCCCUUAAUCCAAAUGAAACCUUUUGGCAUUCAGAUCGAUGAGAUGGUGACAGAGACGCUGCUGACGGAGGCUGAGCGGGAUGCCAGGAUAUACCUUACCACUGGCUACUUCAACCUGACACAAGCAUACAUGGACCUCAUCCUGGGCACCAGGGCCGAGUAUCGCAUCCUUCUGGCCUCACCGGAGGUGAACGGGUUUUUUGGUGCCAAAGGGGUGGCGGGUGCCAUCCCCGCUGCCUACGUUUACAUUGAACACCAGUUCUACAGCGAGGUCUGCUGCCUGCACCAGCAGGAGAGGGUCCGGCUGCAGGAGUACUCCAGGGCUGGCUGGACGUUCCACGCUAAAGGCCUCUGGCUGUACCUGGCAGGAAGCGAUCUGCCCUGCCUCACUCUCAUCGGCUCGCCUAAUUUCGGCUACCGAUCGGUUCAUCGUGACUUGGAAGCUCAGGUUGCGAUAGUGACAGAAAAUAAAGCUUUGCAGCAGCAGCUCCAUCAGGAGCAGGAGCAGCUUUACCUCUGCUCAGGUGUUGUCUCAUCAUCAACAUUUGAGCAGCCAAACCGUUACGUGAAGCUGUGGGUGAAGCUGGUAACGCCUCUGAUCAAGAACUUCUUUUGAAAGGAGUUGCUGCUUUGGGUUGAAGGUCCAGACGUAGGUGGGACCUCGCAUCCGUGUCUUGUAGACAGGACACUCAUAGACGUUCUUGGUUUCCACGCGGUCCACGGGGAUGGCUCUGAUGAAGAUGACGGGCAUCAUGGGCGUCAGCUCCUUCAGCCGAACCUCUGCCAUCACACUGGAAGGGACGUCCCACUGAGCGCCUGCGAAACCGGGGGACUGUUGGGGCACCGGCCGCCCCACGGCGCUUCCCGGGGAGGGGGCUGUUUUCCUGACCCCUCCCGGGGCAAAGGGGCUGCUCCGGCAGCAGCCGGGGGUGGAGUGGGACGGUUGGGUGGCCACGGCUGAGCAGUCAUUAGGGCUAACGAGUUCUCAUCUCACUGUGACUCAAGAAUGCGUUUUGCCUUACUGUGUGUGGGGUGCCUAAAUAAAUUGUGUCCCCGCUUGUCCCUCUGCAGGGCUGUGUGUGACCAUUGCACGGCUGGAGGCAGGACAUGGCUGUGAAGGGGUGUCCUGGCUGUGAAGGGGUGUCCUGUUUGGUCUGUGCUUUGUUCAGGUGGACGCGUUGGUGCUCUGCUGACACUGCCAUCUCUUCCCCAUCUCCCCCUCCCCAUUUUUUACAUUAAUUAUUUUAGGUUCUGAGUUUUCUGAUUUGUCUUACACAUCCAACAAGAGUGUAAUAAGUACAUGUAUUCGUUAGAACCACAUAGCUUGGGACAGCCCAGUCUUCAGGUCCCCCCGAACAGCAGCCUGAGUUUCCAAAACCAGUGUGUGGUUUGAGAAACUCUGCUCGUAAAGUGGAACGGUGCUGCCCUCAGCUGGUGCGGCUCUGAUUUAGCUGGAGUAAAGGCUUUUGCAAAAUCCCUACCAAUUCUGAUGAGCUGGUGAAUAUUAACACCCCCUCCCCUCACCUGUGCUUUCUCCGUGUCCCAAACACCUCAGAAAAGAGGUUCUCUUACCCUCCAUGAAUAGUCCGUGCACGUAGGAGCCUUCUCUGGGUGGAGCUGUUAUAGCGUCGCGGUUUUUCUUGCUCACUUCCACGGACAGACACAUCUUGUCCAGAGGCCACUCGUUUUUCCUGGCCGUGGACUGCAUGAUGGCGGUGAGGAAGGGCUGGGGGUUGAAGAAUCCAGCCAGCCACACCGUCGCAGGCAGCACAAAGUCUGUUGUCCAGACUUCUAAUUCCUGGAAAAUAAAAACAGCGGAGGCCUUUGA